AUGAUAACAAAUACAAAUGGAGUAGCAUACAAUAUAUAUCAUUUUUUGUGGUUUAAGGAUGAGUCAUUAUUAAAAGAGUCAUUUUAAAUAAGAAUACCAGACACAUUAAUUUAUAAAAAUGGAGUUCCUCAAGUAAUAAUGAAGUAAAAUUAGGUUUGGUACUUUACAAGUAAAGAAGGGGAGAUAAUGACAAAGAAGUCGGAAGCUAGAAAGUCUGAAAAUCUUAUAAGGCAUUUUUGUUAAGGCGAUAAACCAAAUGGAUAAGUUAUAGCUUACUACAUCUAUCCUCAAAAAUAUAAUCAUUCUGAUCCCACAGAGGAGAAAACUUUUCCAAGUUAGUCAAAAAAGGCAAAACCUCUCUUAGACUGUGAGGAAAAGAUCUGCAUUUACUAUCUUACAAAAUAAAUGUUUCCUGAUUUUGUCAAUUCUCAAAAUAAACCACCUUCUGGGAUUUUAUAGAAAUUUAUAGAACCACUAGGAAAUCACGAAUCUUUGAUUCAAGCAAUUUGGAGCCCAUCUGUGUGUAUACUUUCAAAGAAACAGAACAAUCGAGAUUUAUAUGAUAUGUCAUAUGAUCCCUAUGGUAAACAUUUAGACUAUCAUAGAAAGAUGCACAACUUUUGAUGGAGGUGAAGCAUAUUCCAGAGUGAUUCCAUUAAGGGGCAAGGAGAUAUCAUAGGAAAUUAGAAAGCAAUGUUAGAUGAUAGUACAGAAGAUAACAAAUUUGAGUUAUGGACAAACAAACCUAUCUAGAAUAGUAUUUUAUUUUAAAGCAGACUAAGUAAUUAAUUAUGGCCAUAUGGUUUAUAGAAUAACAAGGUUUGGUUUUUGUAUUCGUCUUCAAUAAGAUUGUAAGGUGAAGCCUAAUCAUAGAUAAAGUUAUAUAAACCAUUAUGGGGCAAUAUUAAUGUGAAAAAGAAUAACACUCCAAUUCCAUUUAAUACUAAUUUCUAGAAACCAUAUUCAAUAAAGAACAUGUUGACUGUAAAUACUAUGCAUCCAGUAGCCCUGAUUAAAGAUAUAGAAUGUUUUGAGUGCGGAGUUUUAUGCCAAUAAAAAGGUGAAUAUUUCCAAAUUACAUUUAGACCUUUACCAUUUGACUUAUGAAUAUAUUAUCAAGCAUUUUGAUUAAGACGUAAACCAGCAUCCUCUUGUGAAUAAUAUUGAGAUAAUUAAGCCUAAAUCCUUUUUAUAAUGUGAGGGUCAUCUCAGAGACAUACAUUCACACAUCCCUCCGUUAAUUUUGAAGCUUUAUCCACAUUUGACAGUGCAACUCUUUGAAUAAUUAAAAGUGAAUGAUGCUUUUUUAAUAAAAUCAGUUCUCAUUUGCGAGAGUUGUUUUUUGAAAUAUAGUGAGUCCGACCCAGGAAUAUCUGGGGCCAAAUUAAGAGUUAGUAAAUAAUUAAAGAGAAUUGUUAAAUAAUAACCUUCAAAAAGUAUUCUAAAUAGAAGACCAGAUUUGAAAGAAUUUUUAAUUGAAACAAAUUUAGAACUUUUGAAAUUCAAGCAUGCUCAUUCAAUCAGUCAAACCAAAGAAAUUUAAUCCAGUAGUCAUGUCACAACUUCAUUUUUACACUCGUUCCAGAAUGUCACCUAGAGUACGAAUAUGGGGAAAACUCCUUCUUUGAAACAAUUCAGAAACCCAACAGAACCAGGAUAUAUAAGGUUGCAUACAGCAAAAUGA